AUGCAUGCUUCAGUUGUCCCUCUUGUCGCUCUGGUUAUGGCCACUUUAGCCCAGGCAUCCGUUACUUGUGUGAAGGUAGGAGCAGCGGCGAAAGCCACCUGGACCAAUUCGGCAGCACAGACAUGUACAUGGACAGGAACGGUUGGAAGUAACUUUGGGACCAACACCGUCAAUAGUGGAGACUGCAAUGGACGCUGCGGAACUGGUUGUACUGGAGUUGCGCUUGGCAAUUAUUAG